AUGGCAGAUAAAACGCAUAUAGAACAUUUAUUGGCAACGCGAUCACUUGAAAUAAGAGCUGAUAGUUCUUCAUCAGAAGAUAGAAAUAAUCCAACUUCCUCAGAUUAUUGUGAAUAUCAUAAAGAUUCAAACCUAUGUGAAAAACCAGUCAGUAGUAAUACUUUAAUCAUUGCAAUAUCCAUUGUGCUACCUUUGGUAUUAAUUGCGUGUGUAUUGGGUUAUUUCCUUUAUAGAAAUUAUCGUAAGGAUAAAAAAGAAAGUAUGGAACACGACCCUGAUUUUGACGAAAAUGGUGAAGCCACUGCCAUUCCUGAUGUUUAUUUCGGAGGGGUUAACCCUUUCCAAUCAGGAUAUGAAAACCAAUCUGUCCUCGGUCAAUAUAAACAACAACAUCCACCUCCUCCUAGACAAAUGCAACAAAACCUUGCAUCUCAAUAUUCACCGUAUGGGCAACUUCCUACUCAACAAGCUACCAAUUUACCACCACCAAAAGCAGAUCCAUAUGGAUUUAUAUUACCUUAUACCCAUCAAACGGGAUCAAAAUCGUCUUUGGAUGAUUAUACUAGAAGUUUUUACGAUUUACAAGGAUAUACUACUCCUUCAUCGGCUUCCAUACAUCAGUUAGAUCAAUCCGCUGUCAGAUCUCCUACUAAGUCAAAUCUCCGUUAUGAAAAACGUUUAGAAUCUACAGAAAAUUUGAAUUCCACAAAGCCAUACAGUGAACAAUAUUCAAUGGAAGAUUUAUCGUCUACAGGAGAAAAAUCAGAUCAUCGUGGUCUUGAGAAGGAAGAACAAUUUCAUGAUGGUGAUCGAGAUAUUGAAAAAACAGCACUGGCCGAUUUAUCAGAUUCUACAGACAGAAAUAUAUCUCCAUUUGAAGAUCAUGAAACAACGGCUACAUAUACUCAAGAAAAUGAUUCACAGGAUAAUUUUAGAUUCUCAACAACAGACACCGACAAGCAUGACAGCGAUGCGACAUCAGUUCCACCACCAACUAAAGCUUCCCCAAGACUUUCUCGAUUUAAUUUGUUGAAGAAUGACAGUGAUGCGGAAGAUGACGUAGAAGUGGACGAAGAAAACCAGGUUUUAUCCAACCAACAGCAAGAAGAACUCAAGAGAAUGAGAUCAGUAUACAAGGUAUAUUUUGAAGAACAAAAUGCAUCAUCACCAGGUAUGCAACAACAACAACAACCACAACAACAGCAGCAAAACGAUCAAAUUGAUUCAGCUAGAUUCAGUACCGCUUCUUCAGUAUAUGACAGUAUCGCAUCACCCCGUCAACAACAUCCAGAGGAAGAGCAAAUAUAUACCCAACAAUUCAAUCAAAACUAUCAACAACACUAUGGACAACCUAUUGAUCCUCAAUUGUAUCAACAGGUUCAAAAACAGCAAUACGCCAACUAUAUUCAACAACAGCGUCAUAUGAAUAGACCAUCCCAUCGCCAUCGUCACCAACACUCACAACAACAACUACAACCAGCAAAAAUUCCAUCAAGACAAGCAUCACGAGAAUUUUCACCACCUUUGGAUACUGUCCCCAACGCGACAGCCAAAUAUAGAACCAAAUCCCCACCAAUUCAAAUGAGACCAUACAUGCCGUUUGACGAUUUCCAACAAGGCACCGGCUAUUAUGAAAGUUCCUAUGACGCAAAUAGUCCCAUGCUGCCACCUUCGGCAACUCAAGUCAGUCGUAAUUCAGUAGUCAUGGUGAAUCCCGUUACGGAAAUCACAAAGGCAAGAAAAUUUGUUCCAGCUGGUUCAUUAGCCCAAAAUAAUAACGGAUCACAACAUCUGUUUGGUAUUAGUGAGUUGGAAUAUGAGAAUGAUUUGAUUCCGGGGAGUAGAAAGAGUGAUAUUCGUAGGGUGAUGAAUGGAAAAACUUUCUAA